AUGUUGAUUGGUAUAUCAGGUACACUAAGUUCCGGAAAGACUGAAGUAGCAAGAUAUUUAACAUUUCAAGGUUUUAAAUUAAUUAAAUAUGAACCAAAUGAUUUAAAAAAUGGAUAUCCAAUACUAAAUACUCCAGAGUCAGAAGAAAUAACUCAAGAAAUGGAACAACUUGUAAUCAAACAUUAUUCACAUAUGGAACAUUAUAAAACUUUUACUAAUUUGGAUCAAUUAUUAGAAUUUGUUACUUUAAAUUGGAGAGAAAAUUAUGUAAUUACUCAUAUUGAAGAUAUAUCAAUGUUACGAAUUUUACAAAAGAGACCUUUUUUUUUACAUAUUUCAACUGAUGCACCAAUGGCUUUGAGAUUUAAAAGAUCACAUAUUCCAGAAAUUGAAGAAUUUAUACGACAAAAUGAUGAAUUAUUGUUUAAUAAUGUUUCACCUUUAUUAGAGAUUAAUAAUCAAGCACAAAUUAAAAUUAUUAAUACUUCCACUUCAAUAAAAGAUUUAUUUAUAAAAUUGUCUGAAUUGAAUUUAUUAAAUCCUACCAGGUUAAGACCGUCUUGGGAUUCGUAUUUUAUGAGAUUAGCAGAUUUAGCAGCAUUAAGAUCUAAUUGUAUGAAAAGAAGAGUGGGAUGUGUAAUAGUCAGAGAAAAUAGAGUAAUAGCCACUGGUUAUAAUGGUACUCCAAGACAUUUAACAAAUUGUAAUGAAGGUGGAUGUAAAAGAUGUAACAAAGGUUUUGGUAGUGGUAGUUCAUUAUCUACUUGUUUAUGUUUACAUGCAGAAGAAAAUGCUUUGUUAGAAUCUGGUAGAGAUAGAAUUAGAGAUGAUAGUGUUUUGUAUUGUAAUACUUGUCCUUGUUUAACUUGUUCCAUUAAAAUUGUACAAAGUGGUAUCAAAGAAGUUGUUUAUGCUCAAAGUUAUUCAAUGGAUUCUGAAAGUCAUAAAGUUAUGAGUGAAGCUAAUAUUAUAAUUAGACAGUUUCAACCACCAAUAGACGGAAUUUUUAUAUAA